AUGAUUCAAGCUGAUCGUCGUUGCUUCAUCGACGUCGGUAUGAAUUCCACAUUAUCACUCACCAAAGUUUCCACUAUCUACCCUGGCAUUCAUUAUACAGACAGCCAUGCCUCGCUCCAACCAAUGUGCCUCACUGUCUGCUUUCCCGGGACAUUUCCGAGACAGAUUUUGGAAAGGAGCGAUAUUCCUGUCCGCAUAUCAGUAUCUAUUGAUGAGGAAUACGGAACAUUUACCACACCAGUCAUAGAGGUUGCAUCGCUAGACUUGCGCCAUCGCAGUGGCUUGCUACACUGUUCAGGAGGCUCGGAUGAUUCGAAUUUGUCCUCAGAUAUGUCUAACGUUGGCGAACCCACUAUAUCAUUCCCCCGCUCCCGCCUUCAUUCGACUAUGUCAAUCGAGCAGAUUGGGAAACAGUCGCCCAGCGAAUUCAAGAAUGGGUCACCACAGAAGUAG